GGUGACCGUGCAUGGCAUGAAAUCACUCAGAAACUGGACGCAACAAUUGAAACUUGUAUAUCAGCUGAUUUUCUGUGGUUUCCAGCCGGUGUUGGUGGGAGCAGUGCGCGGGACUCCGGAAAUCCCACGCGCAGAACCAAAGUCCAUGUGAGGAAGCAGCGCCAGAAUCCUCUAUACGACGUGGAGCGGCAGAACUUCUUUUGCCAUUCCCAUCGGAUCCAGUGACACCCAACGAUUCUCGGUCCGGUUCAGAAGGGUCCGCGGUUCGGGCUUCGGCCCGCGCUUUCCAUCUGAGGCAACCCCACUCCGGAGAUCCGGUGCAGUGGAGGCAUGGACUGUAACUGUGUUAGUGACUUGCUGCUCACUCCACCUGUCCCAGCCCUCUGGACACCAGGCUUCGCCUUCCCAGACUGGGCCUAUAAACCGGAGUCUAGCCCUGGCUCCAGGCAGAUCCAGCUGUGGCAUUUCAUCCUGGAGCUGCUGCAGAAGGAGGAGUACCAGGGGGUGAUCGCCUGGCAGGGAGACUAUGGCGAAUUUGUGAUCAAAGACCCGGAUGAAGUGGCAAGGCUGUGGGGCAUUCGGAAAUGCAAGCCUCACAUGAACUAUGACAAGUUAAGCCGUGCGCUAAGGUACUAUUACAACAAGCGCAUUUUGCACAAAACUAAAGGAAAGCGAUUCACCUAUAAAUUUAACUUCAGCAAGGUGGUUCUGGUCAACUAUCCACUGUUGGACAUGGCCAGCUCUCCUUUCCUGCUAGCACAGAACCACUUCAAUGGUGGGGCAGCCACCCCAGACUGUAGCCCUCUCACACCUGAGGCCCUGCAGUCUUUAUUCCCCCGCUUGCCUGAGUCUGGUCGAGGGACGUCUCUGUUUGACCGCAGUGCAGGGGCCCCGGGGCCAGAAGGGGAUAAGCUGAGGCUGGACACUUUUCCUUUCCUCAGUUCAGGGACCCCUUGUUACUCCAAACCUCCAUCCAUGUUGGGUCCUUACCCCCGUAACCCUGCUUUUGACUACUCUUGGGGCUUCAACCCUUAUCUUCCUGGGGCUUUCUCGCUAAACAACUGUCCUAAACUGCCCCCAGGCUCCCUGUACCCCUCGCACUUCUACCCCAACCCGCUUCAGUCUGGCUUGUCCCAGCUGCCCCAUCCCUUCUCCUCGCUACUCCCGCCAGCGGACACACCUGGAACGGAGCGGGGUCAAACUGGAGGAACCACCAAUGGCUCAGCAGGUGGUCAGCCCCCUCGACUUUGCAUCCCACCCUACCCGGGUAACCUCCUGCAAGGCCGGACCGAGCUGGGUGUCAUUGGCCCAGGAGUAGGCGAAAGAGAGAGGGGGGAGACCAACAACAUACCAGGGGCAGGUGGAGGGAUUGGAAUGGGACUGGGAUUGGGCCUUGGCCUUGGUGGACUGGGCCUGGGGACCGGAGGAGGAGGCCGACAGAGCCCAUCUGACCGGCGUGGUGGUGUAAAACAGGACCCAGAGUCAGACUCUGAGCUGGAAAUCACUGACCUGAGUGACUGCAGCUCCGAAAAUGAGAACGAGCCAGACUUCCCCCUGGCCAAAGAGCCCAGGCUUGGUGGACAGCCCCACAUGCUAGAGGCCAAGACUGGGGGCCUGGGAGGAACCCUACCUCCACUUUCUUCACUUCCUCCUCCUGUAUCUCCCCAUCCUCUGAAAAGCCUGGUACCCCUCACUCCUCCUCCUCCAUCCCUCCCUCCAUCCCUCUCACCUUCCCUCACUUUAGUCGACCGGCACAGAGAAACAGACUCUCUUAAACUUGCUCACAGUUAAUGUGCAUCCCAUUCAGCUAAGUCAAGCACUCUCUGCCUCUUUCUCUUUGUCCGUGUAUUUCUUCAUCUUGUAAAUUCUUGCUUUACUUUUGUGGUUCAUCUUUCUUUGAACUUCUGUCUGAUGCUUAUUUGCCUCACCUUUUAAUUUUUCUGUCAGUGUUUUGCCGCUUCAGUUUUAACAUAGUAAAAAGCCAUUUGCACAUCACUUACAAACCUUUGAUAAACGUGCACUUCUGCAUUUACGAAUGAACGUUCAAAGCAAUCUUUAUUACAAUAAAUUUAUCCAAACCACAUUUUGUUUUGUGGAUAUUCAGAAAAGUUUAACUAUUUGUUCAGUGCUUUUUUCGGUUAACUUUCGAAAACAUGAAAUUUUAGUCUGCAUGCACUUGCAGAAUCAGUUAAAUAGACCAGUGUGAACAAACAAAAGAAACUAUCUGCUUUUAAGAAAAUGUUUUCAAACUGAAAUUAUUAGUAAAAUCAUGCAAAUGAUUAAAUACUGGCGAGAUUCGUCAGAGAAUAACAUAAAAUGUUGGAAAUAUUAAUAUUUAGUUUAUUGUAAAUGGCACAUCUUUUUAAAAUUGGUACCAAUGUUACCAAGAAAUAUAUCGCAAUUAUGGCCUCAUUAUUUUUUUGAAAUAUCUCAUCAUAUUUAACAUGUUGCCAGCACAAAUAUAAAACUGUCGGGCUCAACAUGACGUAGGGGUUCCAUGUAUGAUUUUUUUUUUUUAAUUGGUUACAUUGUAUUAUAUUUAUGAGUUUUGCAGUUGUUUUCCCUUUUUAUUCAGACUACAUAUUAUUCCUACAGGGUAGUUUGACUUCAUUCCUACUGAAAGUGAUGGUUUGAAUGGGGCACACGGCACAAAUUAUACUGCUCAUAUUUUUAUGUGUUAAGCUCUGUAGUACAAUAUCCAAGCAGCAUAGUAAUACAAAGCCAACUGCAAUAACAGCAAUUUUGUGAAGCUAUUUUAAUAGCAACUUGAGUUGUGUUGCAAUAAAGCACUUACUUGUAUAGGGGAGUACUGGGUUUUAAGUGGUUGGCAACGUUGAAAACGCUGUCAAACAUUGCCAUCUAGUGGUGACAUAUGACUUCUGCAGAUACAAUGAUUGUGUAUGAAUGUAACACUCAAAUUUGUCCUUUCAAGAAUAACCCCGUUCUCGCACAUGGAUGCAUAAUGUGUUUAUUGUGCUGGGGUUUAUAAUGUUUUUACUUCUUUGUUCCCCUUGUACAGUUGCCAUGUUCAUUCAGUGCUAAAAUGUCUUAUUUAAAGCAGCUAUAAAAUAUUCACUGAGACAUAGAGAAUGAGAGAUGGAGCAAGGAAAGUGCUUAAAUUUGCAUCUAUAUUUCAUUGUACAUAUUUUAUUAUUGUGUAUAUUAUGUUCAAUUACUAUUAUAUGAGAUUGAUGUAUUUGGUGUGAUUUAAUUCUGUAUUUAAAUGAAAAUAGAUUCUGGUGAGAUGGACCGUAGGCAUUUAUAGUGAAUUAUAAAAAAGAGAAAGCACUUGUUUUCUUGGAGUUUUUAUGUGGCCAAAAAAAAAAUGCAACAUUUGCUCAACUGCCUCUAAUUAUACCCUUUGGUCAUUUUUUUGCAGAUACUUGACUCCAUAGAGGACAAUUAAAAUGCCAUUUAUAUUCACCCAGUAAUUGCUGUAAUGAGACAAGCGUGAGUUAUACUGGGGGAUUGCACAUUUUAAAGAGAAAGCAGUCACAUAGUUUGACUAAUGUUUAUUUGUUUUGGCAAUUACAAAUGUAACCUAUAAAAUCACAACAGUUAAAGGGCAAUUCCGAUUUUUCAACAUUCCUGCAUAAUUAACUUGAUAAGAUGUAAACAAAGUCGUACAGGGUGGUUUGGUGUGAAAUGCCCUGCUUUCUGUAAAAUUACCAGGUGAUAGGAACCAGAUGUCCAAAGAGUUUAAUGCCUCUAAAAACUAUCCCACAGAAAGAUAUUACAUGAAAUGGUUAUGAAUGCAUUGCCUGAUACCUCAGACAUUGUUUUGUAGUUUUGAGAUAAAGUUUUGAUCUAAAUACAUCUAUUUUUUAAAUGCAUUCAUGGUAGAGAGGUACAUGGCAUUGUAAGGCAAAAACAUGCAAGUUCACCCGUCAUUUUGGAGAGUAACAAAAACCUAAUUUCAGUGAAGAUAUUACAAUCCCUAAUUCAAAUCACUAGCUGUGUGAGGCAUAUCAGGCUUGGCAAGUUGCUCUACAGGCAACGUUUCACAUCAAACCACUCUGAAAGACACUGUGUACGUCUCAACACUUGAAUCAGGCAGAAUGUCGAAAAAUCAGUGGAACAAAAUGUCACAAAAAUGAUCGGUUCAAGCUGGUUCUUGCGAGGUCACGAAGUCACUGCUGCUGUUUUCUCAGAAGGCAAAUACAAAAUUAUACCCGCAAUUUAGCCAAAAGAGCUUGUCGACCCUCAGUUCCUAUGUUACAUCAGUGUAUUAUAUGAAACUACCAGUGUACAUAGACUUUUCUUUGUGUAUUUGUGUGUACACAUCAAAGACAAAAAAUAGUUUCUUUGCAGUAAGACUUUUUUGGGGUUUGUUUGUUUGUUUUAUUGUAAAAUUGAAAAAAACAAUGAAAAGGAUGGAAAGAAAAAAAGAGCUAAGAAUAAUAUCUUCAAAAGCAAUAAACAUUAUUCU